AUGAAAAUAAUAUGGUACGCGUUCCUACAUUUGUACGUAUUCCCUGUAUGUUGCGCAAUCGAACAACAGACGACGUCGCCAAUUAUAAUAUCAACGACGGGCACUACCGAGAACCUGGGAAAAACGGAAAAAGACGAGGAGCAAGAGGAGGAGCAGAAGGAAAUUGAGGCCGUGCCGAUGACGGAACAGGUUAUGGAUGCCAACAUAAAAAUAACCGACGUGCCGGACGUGGAAGAAACCACCGAACACUGGGACGCAAACUGGGACAAGAACAAGGUUAUACGAGAUGUCGCCUAUUAUAUUCGUGCGCACAAAUUUCAAGACUAUGAUCGUCGUUAUUACAAGCGGCUGGAAGAUUCGCCGAGCAGACUUUACGAGGAAUUUCCGAAACCACCUUUAAGGUCUUUGCAUUGGGAAGUACGCAGACACUGCGAGGCAAGCUUCGUCGAAUGCCUGAAAUAUAUCGAAAGCAUCGUUAAACUGACUGCUCUGAAGCGAGAAGACGACAUUGUCACGAUCAUGAAAGAACAAAAAUGGAAUCUAGCGAACAACGCCAAGCAAAUUCAAGCCGCUCAAAAGGAUUGUCUUGCAGGUCAGAGACGCGACGAUCUAACCAUGCCACCCUUUCAAGGUCCAAUAGAACGGUUUCAGUGGCGCACUACGGUCAGUUACUACAUGUGCUGGUACACGAUGCUCGGCGUUCCAGAAUUGAGCAUUUUCGGAGAGUCGUGCGAUAACCACGCCAACUGUCGGGUCGAAUCCGACUCCGGGAACGAAGACCCGAGAACCGAUGACACGAUACCAUAUGCUUGCGCCCUUUAUAGUUUCUGUCCGGAUCAUUGUUGCCCCAUGAAACAUAUCCGGGAUAUGACGGAUUGCCAUCAGUCGCGGGACAAUCCCUGUUACGCUGGGAACCCACCGGCUCACAGGGAAUGUACAUUGAAUCGACAAGAAAAUCGAGAUUUCCCGAGCUUGGUGGCAAAUCAGAUCAACAUCAGCUGCGAAUGUCCUGAUCCCGGAUACGAAUGGUCCUCCAGAUUCGGUCUUUGCGUCGACGUGAACGAGUGCGCUCGAGGUGAACACGGCUGCUCGACGGAGGACGGAGAAACGUGCGUCAACCUACCCGGCGGUUACGAGUGCGUUUGCAAGUUCGGCUACGUUUACGAUCCAGAUCAGAGAGAGUGUGUUUUCAGCUCCGAUAUCCAACAAAUCUUGCUAGGGUGGAAAGAGGAGUCGAAUGUCACAGAAAAGAAGAGCGUCAUCGACACGAUCGUCAAAGCGAUCGCGAGAUCGUCUGAUUUAGACUACGUAACUUGUUAA